GUUAUCGGUACCGUCUCCUCUCUUCCGCCCGCAACUUAAACUCUGGAUCCGCGUUAAGUGUUAAGAAAAUAAAGACACCGAUCUAAUUAAUUAACCAGCUGUAAGAUUACGCUGAAUAGUGCGCGCAAUGCAGUUAGUGACCAGAUGAGAGUGAUAACCGGGAUCGAGGAAUAUACACCUAGAUCGCCAUUGAAAAAUUCGGAAACGGCGUUUGUCGACGAGGGACGCUACUGCAACCAGAAAAAGGAGUGGUAGCUGCUGGUCUGUUUUGUGGAUUAAAACUAUCUCAUCGCUGGUGGCCCAAAGGAACGUCCAUAUCAGAAUAUACCUUUAAGUCCGCUCCUGGCUCCGGGCCAAAAAGAGAACCACAUGAGGUGAACAAUAGGAAUUGGCUGUGCGCCAAUUACACACUCACACGGAUCAGCUGUUACAGCAGCAACACACCCACACCCCACAGGAGCAGCGAGAGCAGCAAUUUCAUGCCACGCUCAGCGAAAGCAGUCGACAGCAGCAACAACAGCAAUAUGUAGGCGCUCCACAGCAGCAACACAUGAAAUACAAGCAAGAACAGCAGCAACCAACCCCAACAACAAGAAAAAUACCAAUAAUUCCUAAAACUACACCACAACAUCAUCAAGAUAUAGAAACCCGGGAACGAGCAACGCCACAACGAUCGCCCGGAUCUGGACACAAGAAUGCAGCACGUGAGCGCUGCUAGCUCGGUGCCAUCAGUAGUAGCCCCUGUUGUGACCACUGGUGGGACGACGAUCACCUUGGGCGGCCCACCGCCGCUCCCCAAAUCGGAGCACAAAGAGGAUGGCAAGCCACCGCACGGCAUCGAGAUGUACAAGGUGAACAUCGAGGACAUUUCGCAGCUCUUUACCUACCACGAGGUCUUUGGCAAGAUCCACGGCGAUGUGGUCAAUCAUCAAUUGGCGGCGGCCCACGGGGGUCAGUUGCCACCACCUCCGCCGCUGCCGCCGCAGGUCACCAGCCAUGCGGCGAGUGCAGCGGCAGCCGCAGCAGCGGCGUCUACCAACAAUGCCGCCGUGGCAGCGGUAAUGGCCUCGGCGAAUGCAGCAGCGGCCGCGGCGGCGGCUGCAUCGGCGGGGGGAGGACUACCGCCGGCCACCAGCGGCAAUGGGGGCCAGCAGGUGACGGUGACGACGACCAGCAGCUCGACGAGCAGCGGCGGGAGCACCACCAGUGGGGGCACCACGACCACGGCGGGUGAGUUGCUUAUGCCUAAAAUGGAGGGCGGCAUUCAUGGCGUGGACGGCAGCGGCAAUGGCGGCAAUGGCGGCGGGCAGAACGUGGCGCUGGCGCCGGACGGUACGCCCAUUGCGACGGGGACGCACGUCUGCGACAUCUGCGGCAAGAUGUUCCAGUUCCGGUACCAGCUGAUCGUGCACCGGCGCUACCACAGCGAACGGAAGCCGUUCAUGUGCCAGGUGUGCGGCCAGGGGUUCACCACAUCGCAGGAUUUGACGCGCCACGGCAAGAUCCACAUUGGCGGGCCCAUGUUCACCUGCAUCGUGUGCUUCAAUGUGUUCGCGAACAAUACGAGCCUGGAGCGGCACAUGAAACGGCACUCGACGGACAAACCGUUCGCCUGCACCAUUUGCCAAAAGACCUUUGCCCGCAAAGAGCACCUGGACAAUCACUUCCGCUCGCACACGGGCGAAACGCCCUUCCGUUGCCAGUACUGCGCCAAGACGUUCACGCGCAAGGAGCACAUGGUCAACCAUGUGCGCAAACACACGGGUGAGACGCCACAUCGUUGCGAUAUUUGUAAGAAGUCCUUUACGCGCAAGGAACACUAUGUUAACCACUACAUGUGGCACACUGGUCAAACGCCGCACCAGUGCGAUGUCUGCGGCAAGAAAUACACGCGCAAGGAGCACCUAGCCAACCAUAUGCGAUCGCACACCAACGAGACGCCGUUCCGUUGCGAGAUCUGCGGCAAGAGCUUUAGCCGCAAGGAGCACUUCACCAACCACAUACUCUGGCAUACAGCAGGCGAGACGCCGCACCGGUGCGACUUCUGCUCCAAGACGUUUACGCGCAAGGAGCACUUGCUCAACCACGUGCGCCAGCACACGGGAGAGUCGCCGCACCGCUGCUCCUACUGCAUGAAGACGUUCACGCGCAAGGAGCACCUGGUCAACCACAUACGCCAGCACACGGGUGAGACACCGUUCAAGUGCACGUACUGCACGAAAGCGUUCACGCGCAAAGAUCACAUGGUUAAUCAUGUACGGCAACAUACAGGCGAGUCGCCGCACAAGUGCACGUACUGCACUAAGACGUUCACGCGCAAGGAGCACCUGACGAACCAUGUGCGCCAGCACACGGGCGACUCCCCGCACCGAUGCUCCUACUGCAAGAAGACGUUUACGCGGAAGGAGCACCUGACGAACCAUGUGCGCCUGCACACGGGCGACUCGCCGCACAAAUGCGAGUACUGCCAGAAGACGUUCACGCGGAAGGAGCACCUCAACAAUCACAUGCGCCAGCACUCGAGCGACAAUCCGCAUUGCUGCAACGUUUGCAACAAGCCGUUCACGCGCAAGGAGCACCUGAUCAACCACAUGUCGCGGUGCCACACCGGCGACCGGCCCUUCACCUGCGAGACGUGCGGCAAGUCGUUCCCGCUCAAGGGCAACCUGCUCUUCCAUCAGCGCAGCCACACCAAGGGCCAGGAGAUGGAGCGACCCUUUGCCUGCGAGAAGUGCCCCAAGAACUUCAUCUGCAAAGGUCACUUGGUCUCGCACAUGCGCUCCCAUUCGGGUGAGAAACCACACGCGUGCACUCUGUGCAGCAAGGCGUUCGUCGAGCGCGGCAAUUUGAAGCGCCACAUGAAGAUGAAUCACCCGGAUGCUAUGAUGCCGCCACCACCCGUGCAUCCGCAUCCGCAAAUACCGGCUGGUGUGCUGACGCAAGUCAAGCAGGAAGUGAAACCGAUCAUAAUUCCCCACCACUCGGCGACCACCACGAUGCACACCAUUCAGCAGAUCACGGCGGGAGCGGCGGGUGGAGCCGGAGCAGUACAGCUAACCCCGGGCCUGGUGCCCCUGGUCACCUCCACGCUCAUCUCGCAUAACGCGGCUGCCCAGCAGCAGUCGCAGAAGAAUCAAGCAGCCGCCGCAGCAGCUGCCCAGCAACAGGCUGCAGCAGCCGCCGCUGCCCAACAGCAAGCGGCCCAGCAGGCUGCACAUCAGCAGCACCAACAGCAAGUGGCCGCCCAGCAUCAGCAGCAGGCCGCAGUGGCCGCCCAUCAGCAGCAGCAACAGCAGUUGCAGCAGCAGCAGCAACUUCUGCAGUUGUCCAUCCAGCAAGCGGCUCACCACCAUCAGCAGGAGCAGCAUCGCCAACAGCAGCAGCAGCAACACCAGCAGCAGCAACAGCAGCAGCAUCACCAGCAGCAACAGCAGGGUCAUCCUCAGGCCCCGCCACCACAGCAGCAACAACAGCCGCCGCCCAUCGCCCUGAUCAGCGAUCCAAGUGCUCUGGCACGUGCCGCCAUCCAGCUGCAGCAUCUGCCGGCGAAUGUGGAACAGCACCCGGUUGUUUACUAACAGUAGCCCCUCCUGCACGGCUACACUCCCACCACAGCCCACUCCAGCAGCACGACCAGCACCUCCAUAGCCGCCACAGCGGCCACGGCGUCGACGCAAGCGGCGUGGUGAGGCCUGCGUGCCACCAGUGAGCCAGUGUGCUAGUGAGCCGAGCUGACGCGACAUCUCUAUAUAGGACACACACCAUAACAAGCACACCCCAUAUAAGCAGCUAGUUGUAUGUACAAUAGUUUUAGCAGCGCGCUGGUUACGCUGAUCUGUGGCCCCAGACGAAAACGUAGUGUGCAGGGGUUCUAGGGUGUGUCGAUUUUUAAAGCAAAUGUUCGUGGGGGAUUAGAACCUUUUAAGCGUUAACGAAAAAGAUUUAAUCUGAAAUGCCGUGGAAAUGGCAAAACUUUAAAACAAUAUGCACUUCAUUUUAUCUUGGACAUUUCUGUGGCUUAAACCCCUUUUGAUGUAAAUUCAAAUUUUUACAUUUUUUAUCCUUGUAAUAUUUUAUAAGAAGGAAUAACAAAAUAAGCCAAUUCGCUUUUGUCGACCAAAAAUCAAAACACCCUAGAAAGUAAUUUACAGACUGUGCUCUGUAUUCCCAGCUGCAAUACCGAAUCGACUUCGAGCUAUCUUCCUCAUUUCCCUUUCGCAAACAAACUCAACACUCCUUAACUAGUCUGCCGCCGCCAGCUUUAACGUGCAAUACGAAUCAUCUCAUAGUUUGUUCUCGGUAUCUCUCUUUGUGUAUCUUUAAUGCUUAGACGCUUAGCGUCUAAUUUUAUUCACGUGUUUUCUACAUUUCUGAAAUGUGUGCCAGGCGGCGCGUGGUAUUGGAUGGGUCGAUCGAUAGGUUUUCGCAAUACCCGGUUGCUACUUAGCUGCGCUCAGUGCACCAGUCGGUCCCGAUGGCCAUUCGACCCAUCCACUCUUCUCGCUAGACACUUUUAAGAAGGGGUUUUGUGGCCGUAACCAGCGAAAGCGCACCAUCUUGUAUUUUUAUUGUGUUUCGACUAAGUUACGAUUAUAUCCAUACGGAGCGACAUUCAUAGAAAGCAUCCUCAUCAUACAUAAACAUAUGCAGAUAUGCAUAGGCAUACAGUUAUAAUAUAUACUUAUAGUUUGUAAAUAACACGCAACAAGACCCUUGGAAAUCUAUCGAAAAUUCUUUUCACAAUUGUAUUAUUUUUGCAUUUUCCAAGGAGGAUAAUUGAUAGCGAGCAAUCACGCGUACACUUUCACAUAUAUUGGCCAAGUGUAGUCCUUAACCCAGUUUACAAUGUCGAGCCCCGAAGGCGGGGCUGUGAUCAUUAUGAGAUAUAUAUUAUUAUACGACAGCGGAAAUGAAGCAGAAUAACAGCAGACACGACUAACGAGAUAAUGAAAAGGGAUUAAACAAACAAAUUAUUAUAUUUAAUGUUAGUUGAACUACUAAAAGUAAUAAUUGAGAACACGGAUCGCCCGAAUGGAGAAAGGGGAGUCCCGCAUGAGCGAGCGAGUAGUUUUUAGUUGGGCGUGUCGCCCAAUCAUUAUGAUUACAAUUACAAUUACGAUUAUGAUAUAUGAAUACUAAACCUAUAACAACAAGUUAUUACCCCACUAUUAAAGUUAACAAACAACAACAACAACCCAUACAUAUAUAUACGACUAGGCACAACUCUAAAAUUAAUUAUAACCCUUAACUGUGCUUAUGUUGAAAACAACAAACAUUAAGAACAAGUGAAAGCCGUAACGAAAUAUAAGUGAAACAAUUAACGAGGAAGCCCAAGCGCCACAAGCAACAACAUAUCUGCUUUAAAUUUUACAAAAAUAAAACUGAAAAUGAAAAAAAACCAACAUAUUAAACACGAGUCACCGUUUAAUAAUUUUACGAGGAAUCACAAUACACAACACAACUGACAGACACACCCACACACAUUAUGCUUCCUUUUAAAUGCAACAUUUUAUACAUUUAAUUGUCAAGAAUUAAAUGCUUAAAAUACAAUUUAAAUUUAAUUUAACAAACUGUAACUUUACACGAAUAAACGGAAAAUGUAAAACUGUUUGUUUGACCAUUUGAAGA